UUUCAAAUUCUUACUCUGGCUGCUGAUGUUUCUGCAUCGUUUGUGUCUAGUUUUUCUAACGGAUUUUUAGCAACCGGGACAUCUGCUUGAUUUUGUGAAAUUUACUACGAAUUUUAUUUUGCAAUCGAUAGAAUUUGGUAAAAUUGAAUAGGUAAAGUUAAUCGGUGAACAGGUGAGUGUCAUUUUCCGCAAUUAUGACCCGCACAAAAACCCGUCGGCUUGUCAGCCAAAAACGAGGAUCGGCUGACGAACGAACUCGCAUCGAAAAUAAAAUGCGCGACUUCGAAGUAAAUGUGGAGUGUGAAUUGGCAAAUCUAGAGCUAAAGUUUCGCGAUGAAAUGGAUCGAGUUCAACGAUUGGUCGACGGCCUUAAAACGCGAAUCCCAAAAAAGUUCCUCUGUAUGACUAUUGAUCAAAUAAGAGAAUAUAAUGAAGAAGCUGAUAAAAUUGACGCCUCGUUCUAUGGAGAUCGCACUGCUGCCUUGGCGAAUUUAAGCAUUAUGCUGGAAAAGUCAGUACGUAAAAAGUCCAAGGAUGAUGGUUACCUUACAGAGGAAAGCGAGAACGACCGUCUGUCGACGAUGUCGUCGACUUCUAAGCGCAUGGGACCGCUCAUGUCUGCUAAAUUUCGGCGCCGCAGCAAAUCUACAGGGGCGGUUAAUACGUCUACCGCGAGUAAAACUCUGUUCCACAGCACAUCAAUGGUAGAUCGAUCUGUAUUGGGAAAAACUUUGGGCUCCAGCAUGACUGUGAAAGACCGCAUGUCAAGGGCCAAAAUUCGUACUCCGAUGACAAAUGCUCGCAAAGCGAUCAGCGUGGAUAGAAUCUACAGCGCGAUUACACCCAAAGUCCAACCGAAUGCUGCACUUGCCCUAAUUCGCCACGCUCGCUUAGGUGAACCGGUAUAUUCUAUAACCGGAAGCCCCGUCAUCACUUCGAACAUUCUCGAGGCAACGGCAAAUGUAAACAUUCCAAUCGCGAAUGGGAUGCUCUCGAUUCGCCCUACUGAAAUGGACUCCGUGGAUCCCACACUGGUGCGAAAGAUUGAUCCAAAUGUUUUGUCCGAGCUGAAACAACUUCAGGACAAUCUCAACGUGAUCAUGCGAUCUCUCAAAUUGUAAGGGUAUCGAAAUUGUAUCAAUAAGUCAAUGUCGUCUAGAGUACCUCCGUAAGCUAGGAUAAGUUUAUUUUUUUAUAUUCCAUUAUCCGAUUUUAUACGAUUUAAUGCUAUGUAUCUCAAGGUUGUUAUACAAACAAUUUAAUAAAUAUUUUUGAACAUAUUAAGCAUA